GAUUGUGGGCUUGAUGAGUGGUAUGCAGACAGUUUUCCAACCAGGUCAGACCCAUGAAUGAAGAGUGUGACCAGGCUGUAGACUCUGGAUAAUAACGAUAUGCAGGGAUUCUGCAUCAUGUCGCCCGCUUCUCGUCUCCGACAGCUCCUCGCAGGACCCAUGUUCGUUGUUAUAACAAUGUUGGAGAGCGGGUUGGCAACCACGGAUGAUUUCACUCUGUGUCUGCCGUUGGGCUGCCUGCCUGUUUAGGUCAUUGCUGUCUGCCUGUGCCAUGGUUCCCAUCGGUCAUCGCCCAAUCUCAUCAAUCGCAUCAAUCUCAUCAAUCUCAUUUGAGCCGGCCGAUUCCCGGCGGGAAGGGAUCUCACUUCCGCCCUGCGCAAUCCUGAAGCGUUUUCUUCUCCCCCAACGUCUUCCCAAGUAUCGGGAUGUUAUUUCCGCGCACGUCCAGGCAGACAGGACCAGCAGCAGAUUCACGACGCCCGCUUAUGCUGUACCGAUUCGCGUCGGCUAUCGCGUAAUUGCCGCAUCAUCGUUGAUCGAGUCUCCUCGGGCGACAGUAUCAUCAAGCGAGAUGAAUUCGGCCCGUUGUUAUCACAUUCCCCAGUAUACCUCAUGUACUUCAAGAGACUGCCCAGGUGGAGAAAUUAGAAAGCGUACGAAGGAAGCGGCACGGCUGGAGACUCGCUUCACACGGCAGCCGGUGCACAGUAGCGCCGCAUCCUGGACGACUGGAAGUAUAUAACAGGUACAUGAGACAUUGGUGCAACGGACAUAAAACCAAAGGAGAUGACAUGUGUCCGAUCACAAAAUGGCUCUUCAAAGACCUCUCCGCUAAAAUGAGAGAUUUCGUUACUCUGUGCCUCUAUCGUCAGUACGAUAUUAUUAGCGGAGGUGAUGAACCAUCUUCGAGGCCGUCAUGGUGUGAUGAUCAUUAUGGGUAAACGCCAGGGAAGAAACUCGGAGGCCAUGUUGGGGCCGUUGCUGUUGAUUAUGGUGAUGAUCGGCAUGAUUUUCAC